AUGACAGCUUCCCACCAAGCUUUGUACGACCGCAUGGUUGACAUACUCGGCGAAGGCGACACCCAGUCGCUCUUGUCUCCCCUUUCAGUCGAUGCCCGAUUGCGCCAGUCUCUUCAGGACGCGCAGGCACAGACUCUCCGCGUGUACCAAGAGGCUGCGGUAGGGGCUGACUUGCAGCCAGCCCCAACAAUCCCCCCCUACGGGUGUCAAGCCAGCGAGACCGCGGCCGAUGCACUGUGCAUCACCCGCGAGUCUACAAGUGUGGCGUUUGCCCUUUCCCAUCCCAAGGGUCAUGCGGAAAACUGGGCGUACUCCAUCCGCCUGACCAACUCCAUGUCAUUUGCAACGUUUGACGAGCUCGUUGCGGCGAUAAAGCUCCGCUUCCUUCCCAACACAGCGAUUUCCAAUAUCGCUCCUUGCAAGACUACAUUCACGACCCUUCACUUUUUGGCCGCGAAUGUCAACGACAACUCCACGCUAUCAAAAGCGCUCCGCGUCAACGUCUUUACAGGACUCAACCACGCUGAGUUGUACGCCUCAGCCCUAGAGCACAAUCGUGCCGAUCCAUCGGAUAUGGAUAUCUCGGCAUUAUCCCAUGCCAACGACGACAAGUGA